AUGUCUUCUUUGGAUGCAUUGAGUAAUACUCUUGAGAAGAGUGCUCCAUCGGAAGAACCUAUAGGCACUAAUAGGUUACAACUUAUUUCACAUGCUAUUGAAAGGGUGAGGGAUAGUGUUCAUUAUUGGACUGCAACACCAAAAAGAGAAGAAAAAUUUAAGGAAACAUGUGCGCAACUUAAAAUACCCUACACAAAAAAUCUUUGUCUUGAUUGUAAAACUAGGUGGAAUUCAACAUUUUUGAUGCUUGAAGUUGCAAUUAUGUAUAGAGAUGUAUUUGAAAGAUUGUCAUUGCAUGAGAGUCAAUAUAAAUAUUUUCCUAGUGAGAAGGAUUGGGAUAUGGCGGAUGAGAUUUUUCAAAGAUUGAGGGUAUUUUUUGAUGUGACUGAAUUAUUUUCUGGAACAACUUAUCCUACAUCAAAUCUUUAUUUUCCUAAGGUUUGUGUGAUUAGGUUGGCUUUGAUGGAGUGGAAAAAUUGUGGAAAUGAGAUAAUUGAAAUGAUGGCUACUCGUAUGAUAACUAAGUUUGAAAAGUAUUGGGGUGUGAUUAAUACAGUUAUGGCUAUUGGGACUCUUUUGGAUCCUAGGUACAAGAUGUAUUUAUUGAAUUUCUUUUUUCGUAAAAUAUAUGGUGAGACAGAAGCAUGUGUUGUAAUUGGUCAAGUGAAAAGGGUAGUGCAAGAUUUAGUUUUAGAAUAUGCAACAAAGGGAAGAGAGAGAGACAAAGCUGCUCAAUUAGAUAUGCUGCCACCACCAUCAAUUCCUUCAAGUUCAAAGGGGAGGAAGUUCAGUCAUGAAGAUUGGCAAGCUGAUUUUGCUGCACAUGUAAGUGAGGAAUCCGCAUUUAUUGAUACAAAGAGCGAGUUGGAUUAUUAUCUUGAAGAGAGACCAGUACCACAAACUGAACAUUAUUUUUAUAUCUUAAAUUGGUGGAAGUCAAAUGAAGCGAAGUUUCCUACUUUGCAAGCUAUUGCUAGAGAUUUUUUGGCGAUUCCUAUCUCUACCGUUGCCUCUGAAUCUUCAUUUAGUACGGGUGGUCGAUUUGUUACGCCACAUCGUAGUAGGUUGCGUCCGGACACAUUAGAGGCUCUAAUGUGUAAUCAAGAUUGGCUUUGGAAUGAACUUGGCACUACAACUAACAUAGGAAUUGAGUGCUACAUAAUUCAUAACAUUGAAGGAGAUGUUGACGAUUCAAGUAAGUCAGAAUCUACCAUCACUAUCAUUAUGGGAUGA